UGUUUAUAAUAUUUUAGUUAAAAGAUUGUUACCAAUAUAGAUCGAUUGCAGCGACUCGUUGCGGUCUUGUUUCUGAUUUGAUUGGUUUUACAAAAAGUUAGAUUAAUUAUAUUGAAUUGUUCUUCCUUCGAUUAUACAAUUAUGGCCUCUUCGUGUUUGAUUUUACAACGAGGUAUCUCAACUUCGUGUGUUAAUUAUGGAAAGCGUAAUUUUCGUAAAUUUUUACUUCUUAAUAAACGAGGUAGUCGAGAUUUCAAAAAGAAGCAGUCUACAGAUCCCUAUCCGGAUUAUCCAAUAGACAAAAGAGGAGUAAGGGAUACAGGUUUUAAGAUAGGAAAUAGAUGGAUUAAUGUUCCGGAAAUGGUACCUGAACUUAUCGUUCCAUCUUUAGAAGGUUUUACUUUGAAACCAUAUGUAUCGUAUAAGGUAGAGGAUAUUAGUCAAGGAGAAUAUACCGCUAAAGAUCUCUUUAAUGAGAUAUAUGCUAAAAAGAUUGAAGAGGAUUUUAAUAAACAAGAAUUGGAUCCAAAUGGAGAUCCUAUGAAUCCUAGCGAAUAUGAAAAACUUACUCCGCAAGAAGCAGCAGAUCGUGCUAAAAGAACUGGUACCGAUAUCUUUUGCGAAGAUGUUAGAUAUAAAUACAGUACUAUUAUAGAUUAAAAGAUAUUUUCGUAUCAUUCGAUAGUAAUGAGAUACAUCAAAAUAUCAUAAGAGUUUGAAAUUAAAUGUGAUGUAAUAUUUGAUGUUACAAUAAAUUAUAAAUAAGUAUUUUUAUGUAUGUUAAAGAAGAUAAGGGAAUGAAUUAAUCAAUUUUUUUUUUUUUUUUUUUUUAUCCACAUAUGUUUUAUUUGGUACAUUCUAUGCACGCGUGUAUUACAUAUGUAGAAUGAUUUAUAAACAGUAACUACUGAUCUAUCAUUUGUAACGAAUAAAGAAACGAGCAAAUAUCUAUUUUCUCUAGGAGGACAAAAA